GCCUUCAUUUGUGCUGUACGUUCAGUAAAAGCAAGCAGAGAAAAACAAGAGAAAAUUGAAGAAGAAAAUACACUGAAAGAGAGACUUAAUUGAUAGAUUUAAUAAUGGACGCAACGAAUAUGCAACUGGAGUUACUUCUGGCGCCAAUGGACUUGCACAACAGUCGCCAGACAAUUCGCAAACUGGAGCAAUAUCCACCCUAUGGGCCAUUCUAUGGUAUUAUGGGCGUGGUGGCGGCCAUUGUAUUGUCCUCGAUUGGGGCUGCCUAUGGCACUGCUGUAUCCGGAACGGGCAUAGCCGCAACGGCUGUGAUGCGGCCCGAGUUGAUCAUGAAGUCGAUCAUACCCGUGGUGAUGGCCGGCAUUAUAGCCAUCUACGGCCUGGUGGUGGCUGUGCUGAUCUCUGGCGUGUUGGAUACCAGCGAAACAUAUUCGCUGGCCAAAGGCUACGUUCACCUGGCGUCUGGACUUUCCGUGGGAAUGACUGGUCUGGCCGCCGGAUAUGCUGUCGGUAUUGUUGGCGAUGAGGGUGUGCGACACACUGCUCUGCAGCCGCGUCUCUUCGUGGGAAUGAUUCUCAUUCUGAUAUUCGCUGAGGUACUGGGUCUCUAUGGACUCAUACUCGGCAUCUACAUGUACACGGUGGAUGUUUAA